ACCGACCACUGGCAUGCACCAUCCAUGAGCGAAGCUCACGGACGAACGAAAACCGUCACCUUUGUGUCUGUCCACCUGCAGGCAGUGAGUGCACCGCACCUAUGGGCCGACCACCCCACGCACCCACCAGCCAUCGCCAGCCACCACCUGGAUCUAUAUCUACACCUACACUGAUGCGUGUCCGCUGAAUGAAUGAGUCACCGAACGGACUCGACUUGGCAGCUACAGCAGCGUGCACAGACACGCACCGCAUCCCGACUUCCCCACCAUCCCCACCAUCCUCCUGCUCAUCCUUUCUGCAGGUGGGUGUUCAGAAAAUCCUUGGACGUCUCUACCACAUCGUGCAAAUGCUGCACGCACAACACAAUGAAUGGACACAAUGGUGACUUAUGCGCAUGUCUCUAUCGUCUGUGUGCUCGCUGUGCUCACGUCAGGGUGGUCGAACAUGUGUGAGGCCUCCGGGAUGACCUUCAGAUGGCCCUUCUCCCCCAACAGGCUGUGGAUGGCCUCACCGUCCUGUGACACACACCGUGUGGACACAGAGAGAUGACUUGACAAAGGGCCUGCCUGCCCAGAUAGAUGUGCCCUGUUUGUAUGUGUUGCCUGUCUCUGUCUCUCCAUUACCUCGACGGGGAUGGUUGUGUCCUUUUCGCCAUGUAUGGUGAGCACCCUCUGUGUCUGCGUCGGCCCGCCCUUGGUGCCGACCUUGGCUAUCACCUCCUUCAUAUCUUGACAUAAUGACGACACAGACACACACACAAACAGACAGACAGACAGACAGUGCUUCCCUCCACCCACACGCGUGUGGGUGUGUGGGUCUGUUGGUGUCCUACCGAUUGCCUUUCGGUUGUCGAUGCAUUUCUUGUAGACCUUGCGUGUGGCGCCGCCGCCCUGUAUCUCAAAGUAGCCGCCCUCCUCCUCCACGCUGCUCAGCUGAGAGGGGGUGAACCGCUCCUUGAUGCCACGCGACAUGUCGUACCGCCCCGCGAUGUUGAUGACCAACGGCACGUCGUCAUGCCUGCCGGCCGGUGUGUGGACAACACAACGUACAGACAGACAGACCAGCGAUGGUGUAGAGUAUAUUGAGUGCUGUUCGUGCGCUGCGCUCGUCACUGACUGGCUCACCGGCCGGCAUAGAUGAGGACGUUGUUGCCUCCACGCGAGUGGCCAGCCACAGCCUGCACGAUGAUGCCUUUGCUCCUUCACACACACACGCGCACGCACACGAUGCCCCACACAUUCAGACAGCAAAGCAAGCGCAACACGAUGGUCAGUGGGCCAGGUCAGGUCACCCACCUGAUGAAGUCGAUGACGGCCUUCAUGUCGUGGUCGACCUCGUCCAGAUACCCGCCGUACGACCACUGGUCAUGGCCGUCCGACUCACCGCAUCCGUGGAAGUCGAAGCGCACUGUGUUGAGGGGCAGCCGGUGGAACAGCGCAUCGAUCACAUGGCUUGUGCGGUCAGCGAGAUACCUGACGGACAGCCAAACCGACACACACACACACACACACACAGACAUCCAGCGAUUCCAUCUCCUGGUGCCCCCAUCCGAGUCCAGCCAUCCGCCCACCCAUGGCAGAGUACGAUUGCCUCUCUGGAUGACGGCUGGUUGAGCUUGGCCUCGCACACGAGAUUGUGAUCCAGCCCGGACGUCACAGUGAACACACCCCUAACACACACACACCCCACGGCAGACAGGCACAUGGAUCAUGCACGCGGCGUCAGUGCGUUGCCUCACUUGUCGUCGAGGAAGCUCCACUCAGGGGCUGUGGUCGUCAUGGUGAGGGCGCUGGGACGCUGGAUCUGCCUGCGAGAUGCAGACGGAUGUUUCCGGAUGUGUGUCGGUGGAGAUUGAAAAGCAACGACAGAUCCAACGAGGAUGAAAAGGGACACCAGACUGUCCGAAUGGCGCCUCGUCUUCCCAGC